AUGAUGGCAAGGAACGAUACAACGUGGAGCAGGGUCGGAGGCUUGAAGCCGCGAUCCCAGAAGUUACUGGCCAUCUGUGGCGGUUGUGCUCUACUCCUUUGUAGUGCACAAGUUGCUUCAAGUACACUGUCGGAGGGAGUUCGGAGCCGGCGACUGGCUGAUAAAACCGCAGCACCUCCAACGGUGUUGGACGGCGUCGCCACGUGUCAACUGGGCCCAAAGUCUAAGAAGGAUCAACAGGAGACUGCCUCCAUUACCCUAUCCGGCGAGAAACUCAAGGCUACCUUGAAGUGCAACGGCAGGGGUAGCACUUUCAUACCGACAGAGGAUGGGAACGUAUGUGUUAACUCCGAUGCGUCUGUGAUUACUUGCGCAAACGAAAAAGUACCAUCGAACCAAGUGCUUCUGAAGAACCUCCUCAGGGCCAGCUCAGACAUCAAAGUAGCGAAGAACUCUACCGGGGAUAACACCAACGGAUGGGAGUGGACCUUGGAACUAGAGAAGUCACAGCUUCCUCGCUCUGAUACAACCUUCUUUGUCGGAUGUAAAGCUUCCGGUGACGUACCAGAAUCUACAUGCAAACUGGACAUACAUGUGGAAGCAAGAGAAUCCUCUGUUCAAAACGGCGUCGUCUUCUGCUCCUACGGCGCGGCAAGCAACGGCGAAGAACCCUUGACUGUGGACAUGACCCAAGAGAACAACAAACUGACAAUCGAUUGUGGCGACGAAGGCUCCCUCAAGCCUGCAGGUUUCAAUAAUUUCUGCACGUCUGACGACAAGGACCUGGAGACUUGCUCGAAACAGUUCGUUGAGAUGUUCCCGAACUUUCAGAAGAGCUGGUGGCAGACGACCGACGCUGAGGGGAGUCCGGCAACUCUUACCAUUCCUCCGAGUGACUUCCCUUCCGAAGAAAAACAGUUCCUGUUAGGUUGCGCGCCGACGAAGAAAGUGCCACAAGGGACAGGCGGGAGAGCUGCUGAUGGGCAACCCGUGUCAGGCGCUGGGAACCCGUCCACAUGCAAGGUGUUGGUGACUGUGAAGGCAGCCAGCUCAUCAGCAUCUGCGAUGUCCGCACUGCCGAUGGCAGCCGGAGUGUCCGGAGCUGCCGCUGUGGUGACAGGUCUUCUUGCGCGUGCCUUCUAG